AUGGUACUGCACGGCGCGCUUGCACUGUACCAAACGAGCCCCGUCUCAUUGCCGUACUUUGAGACGAAUGGCCAUUUUCCAAACAAGCUGAUCUUUGUAGCUGGCUUGACCGACACGAUCGGUGUGGUUCCGUACCUUGGUCGUUUGGCGCAUGCACUCGAAAAGCUCGAGUACUCGCUGGUGCAGCCGGUGAAAGGGUCUGAUCUGGGUGGGUUUGGUCUUUCCUCGCUAGAAGGCGAUGCGCAAGAACUUGCUGCCAUGGUGGAACAUUUGCUUGUGCGUCGUGAGAAUCAGGCUACAGGAAAGAUAGUGCUGAUGGGGCAUUCUACCGGCUGCCAGGAUGUCGUGGCGUUCCUGUCCAAGGACCGUAGCCAGUUCCAGAAUGGCGAAGGGAAGCAGCUUGUGGUACAUGGUGGCAUUUUGCAGGCACCCGUGUCUGACCGCGAAUAUUUCACGGCGUCCUCCUCCUCCACGCCGCUCCGCGACAGCGAGAAGCUAAUCGGCGAGGGUAAAAGUGAUGCAUUGCUUCCGCGCAGCGACGCUGUAACAAAGCCGCGUAGCAUCCAUGGGCGCGGUCCUGGCAAUGCAGAUGCCGUGCUCAAGCCAGCCUACACUGCGUACCGCUUCCACUCUUUGAAUGGCAAAGGCGGCGACGACGACUACUUUAGCAGCGAUCUCACUGACGACCAGAUCCGCAGUGCUCUGCAGCCUGCAUUGUCGCGUGCGCCACUGCUGAUGCUUAUGGGCGAGAAUGACGAAUAUGUACCGCCCUCGGUGGACAAAGUCCAGCUCGUAAAGCGCUGGAGCGACGUGCUCCAAAGCGAUCCUGUACACACCAUGUUCAUCCCCUGCGCCAACCAUAAGGUCGAUGACGAGGGCGCACAGGAAAACGUAUGCGAGGCCGUGCUCUAUUUCCUAGGCACCCUCCCUAGUUCAUAG